CUCUUUAUUGUGAUUAACUGUUGUUGACUUGGAAACCGUGGUGGCGUCGUUUAAGUUUGAGGAAGCUCACAAUCACUGCAUGGUGGAAACUCACCGGUUUAAAUUAUGACUGUGUAACGUUAUUUUUUAGUGACUUAGUCUUUAUAUGUACACUCAGACUUAAACCUAAAAACAUUGGUUUAACCGUAGACAGCGUUACCAAAAGUGUUUAGCCAUCGUUAGCACGUUAGCUAAAGCUGCUAACGUUGCUUCACGUUUCGGAUAUUUUUUGCUUACUUUUUCCAUUAAAUUAUGCUUAUUUAUCGCAUUGACCGAUAUAAUUUUAAAUAUCGUAUAACGGCCUAAAAAGCAUUUAAACGCAGUGUACCUAGAUACACAAUCGUACUAUCCGCGCAUAUUGGAUAACAUCAUUUCUUAAAAUGAAACCCGUCUUCUCUGGAUUAUUUUUGAACGCCAGAUGACACGCAGUAAUGCAAAUAUUGUAAUGUUAUCACCUAACAUUAUUUGAAGAUGCCUGCGGGUGAGAGUGAGGACCGGGCCAAGACCCGGGAACGGUUCAAUGAGAUGCUUAAGAAAUACACAGAACCAGAAAAGAAAACAAAGUUGACAAAAUUGAAAACUGAACCUCAAGAGACCAUUGUGCUCCAGGACCUAAAAAAAAAAUUACGCCUAAAAAAGGACACAGAUGAUGAUGAGACCAUCCUCCAGAACACGUAUGACCCUGAACAGGAAAGUCCUCGCUACACUAAGAACCAAAGGAGAGAAAAUGAAUCGACUCAGAAGGUUAACAUCAACAACAGUAAAAAUGAAACAGAUAUUCAAACGUCAAGUGUCAAAAGAAAGAUUAAGAGGGAGCUUCCCUCUAUCCCCAAAUCUGAUGACAACAGUAAAAAUCUGAAAGACACUGAUGCUGCCAAGUCUGAGAUCUCUAUUGAUGGAGGAACUGAGGCUCAACAUAAAUUUAAAAAAGAAAAAAAUAAAGGAGAUAAGAAAACGAAAGCAAAGACUGAUGCUGAGGAUACUGAAGACCAGCUGCUUCAUGAAUACCAGCAGCAGAUUGCUGAAGAGACUUCUCCAAAAAAGACAGGAGUGAAGAGUGAGGAGACGACUGAUGUCCCCCAAAAUGUUACACUGAAUAAUGAUGUUGGCAAGAAGAAAAAAAAGAAGCUGAAAUCUGUGGUUACAGAGUCAGACUUAGGGGAACAAGAUGAUGACGUCGACCCGAGUGGUGAUGUGGAAAAUAAAACAUCUUUCACUGAAAAGAAGAAAAAAAAGAAGAAACAUAUUGUUAAAGAGGAGAGUGAAACUGAGGCAGACGUACAACGGAGGCCGGCUUUCGACGACAGCCUGGUGCUGGGGGUUUACAUCCACAGAACAGAUCGCCUGAAAACAGACCUGCUGAUCUCACACCCGAUGGUGAAGAUUCAUGUUGUUGAUGAAAACACUGGACAGUAUGUAAAGAAAGAAGACUGCCAUCGUCCGGUAUCGUCCUUUUAUGAGCAGGAGAAUGUUGACCACAUCCUCCCCAUCAUGACACAACCUUUUGACUUCAAGAAAAACAAGUCUGUGAUCCCUGAGUGGCAUGAACAGAUCAUCUUCAACGAACGCUUUGGUCACUUUGUCGAGCAAAACGAGGAAAGUCCUGUAGUCAUGCUGUUCUUUGAAAUUCUGGACUUUGUUACCAUGGAAGAGGCAAAAGCCAAUGUAGGUGGUGACAAGCAUGAAGAUGGAUUCAGAAGGAUCGCAUGGGCAUUCCUCAAGCUUAUUGGUACAAAUGGCGUACUGAACAUCGACAGUAAACUCCGCCUCCAGCUCUUCUGUCCUCCGCCUCGAGCCAGGAGACAACCUAAGACAGUGGAGGUGUUUGAGUGGUGGAGGAAGUAUCCUCGACACAAAUAUGCCUCCACUCUUUAUGUCACGGUCAAAGGCAUUAAACUCCCUGAGCAUGUGGAUCCUUCCAUCCGCUCCAUGAUGGCUCUGCAGGAGGAGCGAGGCAGCACGUCUUACAGUGAACUGCAGAACGAAGUCAGUAAGAGGAGCCUGACGCAGCCUCUGGUCAGCAGCCCUCCAACACUGAGAUGGAGUCGAGUGCCGGGUCAGAUGUGUCGCAUCCCUAACAAGCCUGCGCUGUCGUUCCGUGGGGGUCAGAUGGGCUGCUACACUGUGCUCUUCUCCAACGCAGGGACGAUACUGGCUGCAGCCUGUGCUGACAGAGAUGCUUUUCCAGUUGUAGUGUAUGAGAUUCCCUCUGGAAAAGUUUUGGCUGCUUUUUCUGGUCACCUUAAAAUCAUCUAUGAUCUCUGCUGGUCGAGAGACGAUCAGAGGCUGCUGUCUGCUUCGUCUGAUGGAACUGUCAGAGAGUGGAACGUGAAAACUCUGUCAGAAUCAGCCCGGAAAGUUCUCCCUCACCCAUCCUUCGUGUACUCUGCCCAGUAUCACCCCACAGAGCAGAACCUGGUGGUGACAGGAGGCUACGACAGCCUACUGCGAGUGUGGAGGCUGGACACAGACGACGUGAACGGUCAGCUGCUGCAGGAGUUUGAUGGACACAACAGUUUCAUCAACACGAUUUGUUUUGACCCAGAAGGUGGCAGAAUGUUCUCUGCGGACAACAUGGGUCUAAUCAUUGUGUGGAAAAGUUCAGUUAAAGAAAGCAGGAGGCAGCAGCCAUGUCAUCGGUGGUGUGUAGAGAAGACGUUUGAUGAGCGUGAGCUGAGGGGCGUUCCCAUCAACAGGCUGCAGCUUCAUCCAAACGGCCGCUGCCUUCUCAUCCAUGCCAAAGACAGUGUCCUCAGGAUGAUGGAUCUAAGAAUUCUGGCUGUGAAGAAGUACACAGGAGCCACAAACUACAGAGAGAGGAUUUACAGCACCUUCACACCCUGUGGCAGCUUCAUCUUCUCCGGCAGUGAGGAUGGAAUGGCUUACGUCUGGAACACAGACACAGGUGACCAGGUUGCUGUCUACAAUGAGCUCUGUUACCCCACUGCCCUCCACUGUGUGUCCUUCCACCCUCAUGAGAACAUGGUGGCCUUCUGUGGUUACGGUCAGCGUCAGCCUGUCCAGGUCUACCUGUAUGAUCACAAAGUCUCUCUGUUGGAAGCAAACAGUAUGAAAGCACAGAGCAGAUCAGUGUCUGCGGACACCAGGGCCAUGAGGAACACGCCUGACCCUCCAGCCUUAGACGACAGAGCUGCGGCCAUCGAUCACUUUGCUCAAGCAGCGAGACACGCACUGAAAAUGCAACGCGUUCAGGAACAGUUGGACUCUGUUCUUGAGCAAAGUUACAGAUCCUCAGCCUCGGCGUGCGUCUUUGAUCAAGACAGAAGUCACACAGGGAGGAGUCUGACAUCAGAAGCUGGAGCAGUGUCACUGAAUGCGUCUCUACCGCCUCCGUCUCUGCUCUCUCCUCACUCCAAGCUGCAGCUCUCAGGUGGUCUGCUGGAGCACCUCGUCCCUCAGGCUGCCCUGACCUCCCACAGUUGCAGGUUCAAGGCAGUUGGUCAACCCGUGAAAGGGAGGUCAUCGUUCAAGCUUCAGUCGAGCCUGUCAGAACCCGUUUAUUCUGGUCUCCGCCUGGAAACAGACUCUCCUCCUGUCCAACAAGUCGUGGUCUCGCUGUAUGACUAUCAGGCCAAUCGCGCCGAUGAACUGACCGUUCGUCGAGGCGACGUCAUCCAGGUGCUGUACAAGGACAACGACAGCUGGUGGUUCGGAAGCCUAAGCGAUGGCCGGCAGGGAUAUUUUCUGGCAUCUUAUGUUGCAGAUCAGAAAGAUUUCAACGAACAGGUCACUCACACUGUGGACACCCAGGCCACCAGGUCUGAAAGAUCAACACCGACCAGGGUGUCUGCUGCCAUUAGUUCUUCCGGGGAACUUAGGUUUCUCUCUGAGCCCAACCUUUCUGACACUGAACCUGAGCUGACUGACACCAAAAGUAGAAGGAAAAAGAAAGUGAAGAAGCCUGGAGCUGCUGCUGCUGCUGUGCUUUCUCAGGCCUCGGUCUCAGACGCAGAUGUUCCAGGUUCCAGCAGCAGCAGGAGAAGAUUCAAGUCGACAGGGAGACCACUGCCAAAGAGGCCCAGCGGUCAGACUAACGAUGCCUUUGUGCCUGAUACUUAAACUCAUGGACACUGACUUCUAAAUAAGGUUAGAAAAAAACAGUGUGAAAACUAGCCAUUUAUUUUUAAUAUUUAAAAAAAAACAACUGUUUGUAAAAAUUUCAAAUUUAUUCUGCAAACUCUGUACAAAUGUAGGUAGUAUAUUUUUUGUCAAAUGGUAUUUUUGAAACACAUAUUUGUAAUAAAUUAGUUUUGUUAACAUCAAAAAGAAAACGAGUAUUAGAAUUUUACUACUGCAGUUUUUUAAUCUUUAUAUUUUUAUUUUGCCAGCCUAUAAAAUAUUUCUUAUAAAACCACAACUUUUUAUUUUAUAAUUAUCUGUUAGUUUUGUGAGUGUUGCUUGAGAGAUUAAGAAAAAUUCUACAGUGUUGUUUUUGACUUUUUGAAAAAAUAUAUAAUACAA